AUGAAUCCAACUAUGAGUGCUGCUCCACCAGAUUAUUGUGAGACUGUCGAUGAGACAAUUACUGCUAAUUCAAAAGAUGAAAUGCCACCGGUUUAUGUUAUGGAUGUUAACAAUUUGACAUGGCAAAGAUCAUUUCCACCGACUUAUGAUGACGAGGAGAGACAAUUCGACGAGCCAUUAAGGAGCAUUGAGGCUGAAAUUGAUAGCGAACAAACGCGGAUGUAUCGAUGCGGUCCAUGCGUCUUAUCCGAGACGAAGUCAUUCCUUCUCUGUUUUUUCACAGUCUUCCUCGGCCUUCUCAUCCUUCUUCCAACACUUUUCUUCGUCACCGUCCUUUCGAAAGAUCAAGAUCCAAACGUCUCUCCCAGCAUUUGA